GAGUUCCCCCAAAAGAGGAGAACAAUCCAAUCCGAUUUCCCAUAUAAUAUUCUAUCUAUCUAUCGGCUGCUUUUCUCUUGCUUUCACCAGCCACAAAAAGGGAAGCAUACCACGCCAAGACCCCGCCAGACAAAGCAAGGAAGAGAGAGAGAACAGAACACAACAGACGGUCAACGAUAGAAUUAUCGAAUUGAAUUGAAUUGAAUUGGAUUGCUGGGAAGAUCUGCUUGUGCCAAGAUGUCGUUCUCGGGACGUCGCGUCAGUAUUCUGCGUCCAGCAGACAACAAACGUUUCUCGACCGGAAGGGAUCUCGCGGAGAACGAGAAGAAGUCCGAAAUCCACCGUCAGUUCCGUGAUGCCCACGAGGGUCACCGUCCACACGCCGGUCUCGACGCCUCUCGUACCUCCACGGGAGUCGUCUGGUGUACAGAGCGUGCCAGCGAGCAUGGCUAUCUAGAAGACCCUUCCUCCUGGGCCAACCUGGGUCAGGGUGCCCCCGAGGCAGACGAUGAGAUCUUCGGCAGUUUCCCCCGCCCUACUGCCAUUCCUAUCGCCUCCGCGUCUCGCGAGUACGGUCCGACCGCUGGUAUCAAGCCGCUGCGUGCGGCCGUUGCGAAACUCUACAAUGAGCACUACCGAAAGGGUAAAGAGAGCCAGUAUACGUGGGAGAAUGUCUGCAUUGUGCCGGGUGGAAGAGCCGGUCUCAUUCGAAUUGCUGCCAUUUUGGGCAACUCGUACUUGGGCUUCCCCAUUCCCGAUUACUCUGCGUAUUCGGAGAUGUUGUCGCUCUUCAAGAACUUUGCAGCAAUCCCCAUCCCACUCUCUGAACAGGACCACUACCACAUCCACCCGGACAAGAUCGCCGAGGAAAUCGCCCGUGGUACCUCUGUCAUCCUGACCUCGAAUCCGCGAAACCCCACUGGUGAUGUCCUCGCCAACCCCGAGCUCGGACGGAUCCAGGACAUCUGCAGAGAUCGCGCGACUUUGAUCCUGGAUGAAUUCUACGGCGGUUACAACUACAGCACUGGCUGUGACGGCACCACGAUCAGUGGUGCUGAGAACGUCGUCGACGUGAACGAGGAUGACGUGCUCCUGAUCGAUGGUCUGACGAAGCGCUUCCGUCUCCCUGGAUGGCGUAUCGCCUGGAUCGUCGGUCCCAAGGACUUCAUCACCGCUCUCAGCUCGGCGGGUUCUUACCUGGACGGAGGUGCCAAUGUUCCUUUCCAGGAAGCUGCUAUCCCUAUGCUCGAGCCGGGUCUCGUGCGGGCAGAGAUGAAGGCCCUGCAGAUUCACUUCCGCGAGAAGCGGGACUAUGUCGUGAAGCGUCUACAGAAGAUUGGAUUCCGCUUUACGGACAUUCCCCAGGCGACCUUCUACAUCUGGCUGGACCUGAACUCGCUGGAGCCACCGCUCCCUGCUGAGGCCAACAUCUCCGACGGUCUGAACUUCUUCAACGCACUUCUGCACGAGAAGGUGAUUGUGGUUCCUGGAAUCUUCUUCGAUCUCAACCCGGCCAAGAGACGUGAUCUGUUCGACAGCCCGUGUCACCACUUUGUGCGUCUGAGUUACGGACCGAAGAUGGACGUGCUGAAGCACGGUCUGGACGGCAUUGAGAGGGUCGUUCGUCGUGCCAGAGGAGAGACCGGCUGGGAGGGUGACGAGGCCGUCCGGGACUAGAGAAUUAAAAGUGCUUCUGGUUUGAGCUAUCAACA